UGACGUUAAUUGCAUUGAAUAAUUGAAACACUUUGCGUAUUUCAAUAUAUAUCAUUCUACGUGAUUUUGCACAUAGAAUGUAAUUAUUUUAUGAUAAUUAUAUUAUAUUAAAUAUUUACAAAUUCAUACAUAUUAGAAGUGCAACCUUCGAGAUAUAUGAAAUAUAUAUUACAUAUUUUAUAUAAUAUUUUAUUAUAUUUUAAUGAUUACGAUAAAGAUAUGUUAAAAUAUGCAAAUCUUUACAAAAUGAUAAGCUUUUUUCAUGUUAUGUAAAAUAUGUAUGUUUUAUAUUAUAUAAAGUUAUUAUGAUACGAUUUCUAAUUUCGGGGCUAUUGUAUGCGGCCGAUAUUUUGCAAGAUGUCGUUGAAUGCCCAUCUUGAACACGUGUAGAUAUCAUCCGUACGAAAGAAAUUACAAUACGAUGAAGAUAGCUUCCAUAGUAAUCUGUUUCGGCGAAUACAAGAUAUAUAUCUACAUAUGUUUGCAAACUCGCGGAUUCUCAUUCCCGCGACUCCGCUAGGGCUCUUGUUGUCGUGUCGAUGAUCAAAGUCGCACCGAGGUCGAUUGAGCAACGGCGAAAUCGACCAAGGUCCUAUAAAUCCUUGUCAGUCGUAAUCGCUAUUUCGUAUAGCAUGGAUCGCGGCGCAUGGAUCGGUUUGGACAAUCACUAAAAGAGUGUGCCAACAAUAUCAAGUGUUGCCUUUUCAAUUGGAAUAGCGCCAUCCAAUUGUCUAAUCAUCCUGCAGUUUUGUUUAUUUCGAGUCAUAAGAAUGAGAACUAAAACAGUUCCAAGACACAGAAUACUUCAAAAAAUUAAAAUUAUAUCUGCGACGAAAAUUUCUUCGGAUGACGAAAAUGUCCAGGAUAUUGAAAAUCCUAAUGCAACAGUUAGUCAAAAUCGUCAAAAUGCAUACCAGGCGUACGCGUCUUCUUCAACGAUCUUUUUCCCAAUUAUUACGUCCACUGCUUCAAGCAAUGGGUUGACCUCGUUUUCAUCCACCACCAGCACGUCAUCAUUGCUCACUAACGAUGACAACAAUAACGUGGAGGUCAUAAACUUGUCAACAAAAGAUGCUACGAAUCAUCUUGAGGAGAUCGCGACAGGCAUCUCCGCCGAGCCGGAGGAUAAACUGAAAGACUCGUUUCUCUAUAAGAUCAUGACCGAUCCUAAUUUCCUGGAGAACAUACAGAGGAACAAGCAGCCGAAAAAGUUCGUCUGCCUAUUCUGCAAGGAAGAAUUCGCAACGUGUGACGAACUGACGAGUCACAUGGACGCAAAGAAGGACAACAGCAACCAGAUCCCGUGCUGCGCGUGCAAGAAGACUUUCGCCGAGAAGAGAUAUUUGAAGUACCAUCAGAGGUGUCACUCGGAGAGGACCAAAUUCACCUGCGACAUCUGCACUAGGAAAUACACGAGGCUAGACAACCUGACGAGGCACAACGUGCUCCAUGUGAACCCGGACAAAUUUGCGUGCACGAUCUGCAGCAGGACAUUCACGCGCAAGGACCUGCUGAAUAAGCAUCGGAAGAGCCACGAGAAGUGCAACCUCUACUGCAAGAAAUGUGGUAAGUAUUUCAGGAGCGUUAUCACACUCGGCAAUCACCAGAAGACGCAUCGUGAGGUAUCGAAUGCCACGAUGAGCGUAAUUGUCUGUGACAACGAGAACUCGCUUUCCGGUGAUAGUAAUGCUUGUGAAACGCAAGACCUGACGUUGGACAAGAGCGUGGUGUGUAAGACCGAUGGGAAGGCUCGCAAAACUCAGAACUCACCUUCCGACAUCCGUUAGAUAAAACAUAUAUAUUAUGUAAUUAUUUCAUCUUGAUUUUCCGUACCUUUCGAUAGCUGAAAGGGAACUUUCAAGGGCUAAGUGCUAGUGAGUAAAGUUACACACUUAUUUUGUGACUUGUCUUACAAGAUUUUGGUCUUGUUAAAUUCGUUUUGUAACACGAACUCUGAUUGUGGCGUGAUUGUGGCGCGCUUACGUUAUAAAUAGUUCCUUGUUAUUUAUAUAUUCAUAUAUAUAUAUUUACAAAUUUCUUGACCGAUCGCAAAUGGUCAUAAAUUGAGCGGACAGAGUUUUGUGAUCGUACGCGCAAUUGACAUACAUUAAUUAAUAAUAUACAUAUGUUGAUUUCAUUUGUUAUUUUGUAUUGUGUUUACCGUCGUCUAAAAUAUUUCUAAUUGCACUCUGUUACAUGUAAUUCAAUCAGCUAAAUUUGUCAUACGACGUAAGAGAUUAAUAACAUGUAAUAUUAUGUAAUAUUAUGUAACAUGUAAUAUCAUGUAACAUAAUACUUAUUACCAUCAACAUUAAAUAAUCUUGCAAACGCACA